GUUAACAGAUCUGAUCCGACCCCUGAGGCCAGGCAAAGACUCUCCGCCCUCCCACUCCCACCUCGCCACCUCCUCCUUCCUCGCUCCCAAUUUUCUUUUUUUUUCCCCUUCCCCUUCGGCGCGGCAGGAUUUUCUCCAUCUGCUUUCCCCAUUUCCGCCGUAUUUUAUUCGAUUUCGAGGUCGGUUUUCUGUUGCACAGGGAGAAAGGUCACGUCCAACCGCCGCGAACUGCGCAUGUGAACUGUGCCCGACGAGGCGCGCUGCGGCACGGGUGAGGGGAGCUGCGCCGGAGCACCAGCCCUAGGGUUUUCACCGCCCUGCCGCGAGAUGGACGUCCGGGACCUGCACCAGCAGCCGCAGCAGCAGCAGGCUCCGCCGCGCGUGGGAUCCCCGCCGCAGGCCGGCGCCGGCGGUGUCAUGAUGCAGCAUGCCGCCGCGUUCGGCGCGGCGCCGCCGCCGUCCGGGUUGCCGCAGGCCUCGGCGGCCAACGUUAUGCACGGGAUGUCCCUUGCCUUUAACCCUAUGGCUUCGCCGGACGCCUCGUCACCCAUAAGCAGCAUGAAGAUUGUGGACAUGCCGCUGGGGUCUAUGUACCGCCCUGAUUCCGGCGCGACGGGCUUGCAGCAGCAGCAGCCCGGCUCCGGUGGCGUUGGUGCCAGCGGUGGUGCUAUCGUCGCCGUCAGCGGCGGGGACCUUGUGAAGAAGAAGAGGGGGAGGCCGAGGAAGUACGGCCCAGAUGGGAGCAUCGGCUUGGGACUCAAGACCGCCGCGGCGGGGGUCACUGAAGCGACGGGUGCCCAGUCCGGUGGAGGCGGGUCUACCCCUAACCCCGACGGCAAGCGUAGAGGGCGUCCUCCUGGGUCAGGCAAAAAGAAACAGCUGGAUGCUUUGGGAUCUUCGGGGACGUCGUUUACUCCCCACAUAAUAACUGUGAAGCCCAAUGAGGAUGUUGCGUCCAAAAUAAUGGCUUUUUCCCAACAAGGCCCGCGCACUACAUGCAUAAUUUCGGCAAAUGGUGCUCUGUGCACGGCAACACUGCGGCAACCAGCAACCUCUGGUGGGAUAGUGACAUAUGAGGGCCACUUCGAUAUACUCUCUCUUUCGGGCUCAUUCUUGCUUGCAGAGGAUGGUGACACUCGCAGCAGAACAGGUGGUUUGAGCGUGGCACUGGCUGGAAGUGAUGGACGCAUAGUUGGAGGUUGUGUUGCUGGAAUGCUGAUGGCAGCGACACCUGUGCAGGUUGUAGUUGGCAGUUUCAUUGCUGAAGCUAAAAAGCCAAAAGAAGAGCAACCCAAACGUGAGCCAACAUCGGUGCCACCGCACACAGCUGUCUUUGGGGCGGCCUCGACUGCCAGCCCCCCAUCGGAUGGCACAUCAAGUGAGCACUCCGAUGAUCCCGGGAGCCCCAUGGGACCAAACGGCAGUGCAUUCACCAGCGCGGGGCUUCCCCUGCACUCCACAUAUGCUGCAGUUGGUUGGUCACUAUCAGAGGACCAAAGCCGUUAUGAUCCAGAUCUAAAGAUGAUGACCGACUGAUGGGUGCCGUUUCGCAGCUUCCUUGUUAGCAGUUGACUUAGCUGAGUAGGCUCAAUAACUAAGGAAUCCUGAGAGUGGUAAAACCUUCAGGAAGGAGUAGAUCACGAGUAAUAAUUAGUACCAGUGCAUGCCUUUGUCUUGUUAUAUCGUAGUUAGCAGUUUGUAUUUGUAUGGUUUCACUGUCAGAAAGUCUAUGCAGCAUUCCUUCUGGUUUCCAUCUGUAUCCACGUAGUGCAACAAUUCUCAUCCAUGGAUUGGUAUUGCUCACC